AUGUUUGAUAUAGCACUUCAAAAGUCCUUCAACGAAGUGCAAAACGGUCAUGUCCUGUUAUUAUUGAAUCAAAAUCACAAUCUGAUAGUGAUGAAGGUAUCUGAUUUAAUAUCAAUGCUUAGUUUAAAUAAUGGAACAUGCACACAGCUUGAACGUCAUUUUAACAGAAAUCUUCUUCAUUUGGGUUGUCGACAUUAUAUAUACGAGUUGGUGCUUAGAAGUGUCGCAGAAACUUGUUGGCCGGUUACUAAUGUUGCUAUAUUCAGUCGCUUCAAGAAUAAUUGGGAAAAUAUAAACAAAGAAAUAUUUGAGACUGGGAUUGAAGAUUCUAAAGUUGAUACAAAAACCGGAGACACAAGACAGGGAAUUCUAGAAUUUAUCUCCGCUCAAAUUAAGGAAUAUCAGCCACGAGCUAAUUACAAAGAAUUGUUGGACUUGACUUAUAUUUUUUUGGGAGGAACUCCAUCUCAUGGCUUUGUAUUCAAACGACCUGGAGCGAUGCACCAUGCAAGAUGGUUAUCGAAAGCUAUUUAUUGUCUGAAAUUGUUUAUGUUUAAAAAACAAUUUAAAAUAAAUGCCCGAGAGUUACCUCAGCUUCGUGACAUAUGUCUAUUUAUCGUAACGAUUUAUGUCAAAGCGUGGUGUCAAUGCCCUAAUGCCAUUAAAGCUCCAAAUCAGGACUUACAAUUUUUAAGACAUCAUCAAUUACAAAGAAAUAAACAAAAAAGUGCAGCUGUAGAUACAUUCUUAAGACAUGGGUGGUAUUUGUCAGAAUCGCUCGCGCCACUAUCAUUUUUCGACGAUUCAAUACCUCAAGAAAUAAAAUUAAAAAUGAUUCACUCAUUCAAAAAUAAAGAGUUUCAGAUGCUAAACGAAUUAGAGUACAAAUAUCCGAAGGUAUUUACGACCUAG